AUGCUAUUCAAAUAUGUGCUACGCUACAAACUUCUUUUAAGUUUGUCACUACUAUGGAUAGUAGUGUACUGGUACCAUGAAAAGCAUAUUCCCAAAUCACUAGCAAAACAGUGCCAGUGGUCAAAUUGGAACAAACAUCUUGAAUUGAAGAACCAUCACAAUGUGCUAUUAGUAGCUGAUCCACAAUUUGUAGAUAACCAUACUUAUCCCUCAUAUAACCCUUUCUUUUUGACAAUUACGAAGCACACCAGUGAUAAAUAUCUCAAGAGAAGCUUCAAGUAUUUAUCUAAAGUUCUAAAACCAGAUUCCAUUAUUUUUUUAGGCGAUUACCAUGAUAAUGGCCGCUCAUCAUCGGAUGUUUACUAUGAACGAGAAAUGGAUAGAUUCCACAGGACCUUCAAAGACUACAAUAAUAUUGGAUCAAAGAAUUUUAUCGCAACUGUUCCAGGAAACCAUGACAUUGGUUGGAAGAAUGGGAUUAAAGAGCAUUCUUUAGAAAGAUUCGAACAAUCUUUUGGAGACCCGAUACCCUAUGAAAUUUUCAACACGUUGUUUAUGCCAUUGAAUACUUUGGCAUUAUCAAAUACUGAGAACCCGAGAAUAUAUGAAAAACCUCAUAAGCUAUUGGAUAAAAUAGGCAAUUUGCAGAAGGAUAAGCCGCGGAUAUUGUUGACACACGUUCCAUUAAUGAGACCUAAAGCAGCAUCGUGUGGGCCGUUACGUGAAGCAGAUAGUUUCCCAUUUUUUGCUGGGUAUCAGUAUCAGACAGUACUCGAUGAAGAUGUAUCCCAAGAAAUUUUGACGAAAACCAGGCCAGAUUUUGUAUUUUCGGGUGAUGAUCAUGACUAUUGUUAUGUUGAGCAUCCGUACGAAUAUAAUGGCAACGAAUACAUUGUCCCUGAGAUUACUGUCAAGUCCAUAUCGAUGACCAUGGGGAUUCAAAAGCCCGCCGUCCAGUUAUUGACGAUAGUUGAUGAAAACACAGAGGGAGAAGAAUUUGAUAAAUCCAAAAUUAGUUUCACGACGGAAAUCUGCUAUUCAUCAACACCAUACAGCGAUAUCAUCGCGUACGCCAUUCUGGCAGUACUUUCAGGGAUCAUCAUUAUCAUUUAUGAUUAUAGAAGUCUUUUUGUCCCGAUGAGAAGUACUGGUUAUUCCAAGAUGAAUAGAUAUCAUGGAAGUGGAUCAAAGGACUUCAUAGCCAAAUUGUUCAAGAGUUUCAAAACUCAUAAAAAUGAAUCGCCUUACUCAGCAGUAUCUUCCAAUGGCAUGGAAUCAUUUAGUAUUGAUAUUGAAGAUGAUAGAGAUGAUUAUCUGUCGUCUUUAAGCAGCUAUAGAAAACGGGCAAGGUCCAGGGCAAAUACAACCUAUUAUAAAAGUAAGGGUAGUUUCAAAUCCUCGUGCAUAAAAGUGCUCACUGCAAUCUUGACUGAUUUUAUUGUAGUGGGACUCAUUGCUAUAUUUCUUUACUUUUUUAUUAUUCAAAUUUAA